GUUCCUUUGAGCCGCCAACUGCCUCCUCACCAACAACAUCUGUACAACACAUGUGGGCGUGGCUUGAACCGCAUGAUCAAUAUUGGAGACGAGUCUCCACGAGAAUGCAUUCUCACCUCCAUACAAAGGACAACGUCGGGUGCGAAGAGAUCAUGAACGCACUCGACGAAUGCCAUGCCCGCGGCUUCCUCUACAAAGCCGUUGGUGGCUGCAAUGACAUCAAACGAGAAGUGAACAAAUGCUUGUCAGGCGAGAGACAGAGGAAGAGCAAGAAGAACCGAGAGACCAGCCUGGAGCGAAGAGCUAGGAUAGAGGCUGUCUGGGACAAGAUGGAUCAAGGCGACUACUCUGCGCUAGAACGAUUUACGAAACAACAAUGAGAGGAUGUGAUUGUGUAUUCACGAGACACAUUGGUUACCCGCUGCGUUUGCUUGCAUUUGCUUGCAUUUCCUGGCGUCCCCGACUCGACUUCGACCUCGUACCGGAAGUCCGCUUUCAGGCAUCGGCAACUGCUGUACAUAUCUACACUAAAUGAGUUCUCUGCUGCAUUUCCUCAUACCAGAAUCGGU